UGCAUUCUCCAUUUUCUUCAUAUUGUGCUUGCUCCAGUGAUCCACAACUGUCUAUAAUGGCUAUGUCUUACUCAUUGUCCUCUUCCAGGCUGUCUGGUCUCUCAGCAGCUGGUGGUGGUGGAGCCAGAUUAGGGUAUGGUGGUGCUGGAGCAGGUCUGGGGCUUGGUCUGGGUCUGGGCAGUGGUGCUGCUGCUGGAGCUGGGUUUGGUCUGGGCUCUGGACUUGGUCUGGGCUCUGGACUAGGUCUGGGCUCUGGACUAGGUUUGGGCUCUGGACUUGGUCUGGGCUCUGGACUUGGAGCAGGACUGGGCUUGGGUGCGGGUGGAGCAGGGUUGGCGCUGGGUGGUGGCGGAGGUGCUGGAGCACUAGUUGCAAGCCCGGCAUUUGCCAUGGGUCGCACCAUCGCAGCUGGCGGGCUGACUGCAGGUGCUGCUCUGGCUGGUGGUCCUGCUCUGGGCCCAACCGUGGCUCCCAUCCUAUCUCGUGCAGCUGAGAAAAUCACGCUGUCCACCCUGAAUGACCGCUUCUCUGUGUACAUGGCCAAAGUGCGUGCACUGCAGCAGGAGAAUGCUACACUGGAGGCUAAGCUGUCCCAACUGACCGGUGGCACUGACAUGUCCCCAGAAUCGUCAAGCACUACUACGGUGGAAUACGAGACCCAGCUGAACGAGUAUCGCACCACUCUGCAGAACCUCACGCUUGACACCAUCAAACUGGAGAUAGAGCUUGACAAUGUGCGUGGCACCGCCCAUGAGCUUAAGGCCAAGCUUGACUUUGAGCAAGGGGUAAGGUUCCAGCUUGAGUCUGACAUUGCUGCCAUGAAAAAGGACAUUGAACUUGCAUCUGACCUAAGAAUUGAUUUGGAUGCAAAGUUCUCCAGCCUUAAGAAUGAACUGGACUUUGUCACCAAAACACAGGAAGAGGAGCUCUCAUCUCUGCAGUCCAAACUGGGCACAACGACCAUGGAUACCUCUGUCUCCAUGAUUGAAGUGGACACUGGCAAGUCCUUUGACAUCUCCUCAGCACUCAACAAGAUGCGAAUGGAGUAUGAGAAAUCUGUCCAGCAGCACAGAGAGGAAGCCGAAGCUUACUACAAACUCAAGAUGGAUGAAAUACAGACGGCUAAUGUUAAGAGCACAGAGGCUGUGUCAUCCACCAAAGCCGAGAUUGCAGGAGCCAGGAAGGAGCUACAGACGCUCGGGUUAGAGUUACAGGGCCUUGUCACACAAAACAUGGCCCUGGAGCAGAGCCUGGCAGAGGCUAAUGCCCAGUCCAGCGUGGGCGUGGCUGAGUACCAGGCCCAGAUCGCCAGUCUCACGUCUGCCAUCGAGGCAGCUAAAGCUGACCUUCACAAACAGAUUCUGGCCUACCAAGAGCUGCUAGACAUCAAACUCGCUCUAGAUGUCGAAAUCGCCACCUACAGGAAACUCCUGGAGGGAGAUGACUUCAAACUGCCAGAAUUUACAGAGUCGUCCUACACUUUCUCAGGGAGUGCCCCGCCCAAAACCAGCACGCCCCAGGACUCACCCCAUGUCUCCAUGGAAAUACACACUAGAUACAUCCCCAAAGGCAAGUCCUCUUCAACCACAUGCCUAUAGCUGGCGGAGGUGGAAUUCAAGUCAAAGAGAUAAUCACAUCACACACAGAGACUUCAAUCAUCAGUGAUGCAGACACUGAAUCUUCUUGAAUGCCAAGGGAUUGUCUGGGAGUUUAUUUCACGGACAACUCCCCUCAUUGUUAUUCCAAUAAAGCUGAAUUCCAAAUA